AUGGCCACCAAUGAUUUCAUUUCCCGGGUGCAAGACUUUGUUUCCACGCCUUUCACAGCCGCAUUCAUAGCCGGAGGCAUCGCAGGCGCUGUAUCCCGGACCGUUGUAUCACCAUUAGAAAGAUUAAAGAUUCUCUAUCAAGUGCAAGACGCAGGCCGCAAUGAAUACAAGAUGUCUAUCGCAAAGGCUCUCAGGAAGAUGUACAGAGAUGAAGGCUGGAGAGGAUUCAUGAGGGGGAAUGGCACGAACUGCGUACGCAUUGUCCCAUACUCCGCCGUCCAGUUUGGCAGCUACAGCAUCUACAAACGUUUCGCGGAAACUUCCUCUGGGGUUGAUCUCGACCCCAUAGGUCGGCUGGUGUGCGGUGGAUUGGCCGGAAUCACCUCUGUCACCUUUACAUAUCCCCUCGACAUCGUACGCACGCGACUAUCAAUCCAGUCAGCUUCAUUUGCUGCGCUCGGGAAGCAUGAUGGUCAGUUACCGGGCAUGUGGCAGACCAUGGUCUCAAUGUACAAGAACGAAGGAGGCGUUUCUGGUCUUUAUCGAGGGAUCAUUCCGACGGUAGCUGGUGUUGCACCAUAUGUUGGACUUAAUUUCAUGGUCUACGAAUCGAUCAGGACCUACUUCACCGAGCCGGGAGAGAAGAAUCCUGCUUGGUACCGCAAACUCGCCGCCGGAGCCAUAUCUGGGGCCGUGGCCCAGACCAUCACAUAUCCGUUCGACGUACUUCGUCGACGUUUCCAGAUCAACUCGAUGUCUGGUAUGGGUUACCAGUACAAAUCACUAUGGGAUGCAAUAAGGACCAUCAUCGCGCAAGAGGGCGUCGCAGGUCUCUACAAAGGAAUCAUGCCUAACCUGCUCAAAGUGGCUCCCAGCAUGGCAAGCAGUUGGUUGAGCUUUGAGAUUGCUAGAGACCUUUUGGUUGGGCUUGCUCCAGAAAAGGUAGAGACCAUCUGA